AUGAUGGAAUGGCGUCUUGGUUUAACUGUUCUUAAAAUAGGUAAUCGUUAUCGAUGCUCUCAAACGGAUAUGUUUGCAGACGAAAUACGACAAUCAACUGUUGCAACUCAUUUUGCUAGAUCAGGAAUAUCAUGCAAUAAUUCAUCGAAAGAUAUCUUCCGUAUCUUAAUAACAUAUACCAAGUCUACAGAACCGAUAUUUCCUCAACUCGUUUCUCUCGUUGUUUUCCAAUCUAUAUCAAUUAGUGAAGAUACUCGAGGCGCAUUAUUAUUUGCUGUCGCUGGUGGAUCAUCGUUGCGUACAUUUACUUUCAAUGCUUCUUCUAAUCAAACUUUCCAUUCAAGACUUCUCUUGAUUGAUUAUUUCGAUUUUCAAUGGAUCUGA